UUCUGCCGUUUCAACGCGGAUCGAGUGCUCUCCCUUCACGUUUGAUCGAAACUCACAAAAGCUUCAAAGACAGUUCAUAUUAUUUCUUCUCCAUUGCCUCUCUCUCUCUCUCUUCCCCAGUUUUUCUCCAUCUCUGCUUCUUCGUUUCUUCGGAUUCAUACCUUUUUCUUGUCUUGAUUUUGGAUUCUCCUCAGGGUAUGAUCUUCUGUGAUCAUUAGUAAGUAUUCGGCCUUUUGAUUCUCGCAUUGGGAACGAGCAUGGAGGGAAUGAUGAGAUGAGAAUGAGCGAAAGUUGAAGAGCUAAAAACUUCGAACUGGUUACAAUGUCGGUGCCUACGGAGACGAUCACCGCCAUUAAAUCUUACCAUAACCAUGCUCAGGACUUGGUCAAGAACUAUCUCUUGUCUGACCCUUUUAUCCCUUAUACGUCGAUCCUUACCGGCAUUUUCCUCUGCAAAGUGGUCUUUGAUCUUUUCCACUUCAUCAGCAACUCACAUUCUAAGACAUAUAUCAUUCUCACAAAAAUCCAACGGAUUGAAUGGAACAACCGUGGCAUCUCAACGGUUCAUGCCAUUUUUAUCUCGGUUGCGGCUGUGUAUUUCGUCUUCUGGUCCGACCUCUUUUCCGAUAGGUGGCAUAACGAUCUUGUUGUUUUCCGGAGCUCGCCACUUUCCUCCUUCUGUUUAGGGGUAUCUAUAGGUUACUUCCUUGCUGAUCUCGGUAUGAUCUCUUGGCUGUAUCCUUCCUUGGGUGGACUAGAGUAUGUUGUGCAUCAUGCUCUCUCGGGCGUUGCAGUUGCAUACUCUUUAUUUUCUGGAGAAGGACAUUUAUAUACAUACAUGGUCCUAAUCUCCGAGAUCACAACCCCAGAGAUCAAUUUGAGAUGGUACCUGGACACAGCUGGUAUGAAGAAAUCCAGUGCCUAUCUUAUCAAUGGCGUCGUCAUCUUCUUGGGUUGGCUGGUUGCAAGAAUUCUUCUGUUCAUCUACAUGUUUUAUCAUGUCUACCUGCACUACAACCAGGUAAUACGGAUGCAUAUCUUCGGUUAUCUACUGGUUUUCGUUGUACCGGCAGCUCUCGGGGUCAUGAACUUGAUAUGGUUCAGCAAGAUUGCGAAAGGGGUGAAGAAAACAUUAGCCAAGAGAUGGUGAAUGAAUGAUCUGACCUCUCCUUACAUCCCAUACUCAAUUCUUUUGUUUUGGUCUUAUAUUGUCUCUAUGUAGUUUACAAGUAGUUGUCUGAUAGAAAUGAUACAUGUCAUAGAGCCUGUAAAUCAUCAAAUGUCUCACCAUUUCUCUUUGUGAUAUAUAUCUGCCUGUAACUCAGAUUUCCAUUGUUCAUCA